AAGCUACUUAUCAAAUAACCGGAAGUAGAAUUGUUAAAACCUUUCUUUCCUUUUCUCAGGUUACGUCCAACCGAGGAGGACCGUUGUACGGAAUCACGAUGGCCCUUUAUAAUUUCAAGAAGAUUAUGGUGGUUCCCACCGCAAAGGACUUCAUAGACAUCACAUUAUCGAAAACUCAAAGGAAAACUCCCACAGUUAUACAUAAGCACUAUCAGAUCCAUCGCAUCAGGCAUUUCUACAUGAGAAAAGUGAAAUUUACCCAGCAGAACUAUCAUGACAGGCUUACUCAGAUACUGACGGACUUCCCAAAGCUGGACGACAUUCACCCAUUUUAUGCAGACUUGAUGAACGUUUUGUAUGACAAAGACCACUACAAGCUGGCCCUGGGACAGAUAAACAUAGCAAAGAAUCUGAUUGACAAUGUUGCCAAGGACUAUGUGAGGCUGAUGAAGUAUGGGGACUCCCUGUACCGCUGUAAGCAGCUGAAGCGGGCAGCUCUGGGCAGGAUGUGUACCAUCCUGAAGAGGCAGAAGCAGAGCCUGGAGUACCUGGAGCAAGUGCGGCAGCAUCUGUCCCGUUUGCCAACCAUUGAUCCCAACACGAGAACCCUGCUUUUGUGUGGAUACCCCAAUGUUGGGAAGUCGAGCUUCAUCAACAAGGUAACCAGAGCAGAUGUGGAGAUACAGCCAUAUGCUUUCACCACCAAGUCCCUGUUUGUGGGCCACAUGGACUACAAGUACCUACGCUGGCAGGUGGUUGACACCCCUGGGAUCCUGGACCACCCGCUGGAAGAGAGGAACACCAUCGAGAUGCAAGCCAUCACCGCCCUGGCCCACCUGCGCUCGGCUGUGCUCUAUGUCAUGGACGUGUCCGAGCAGUGCGGUCAGACUCUGGAUCAGCAGCUGGAGCUCUUCAACAACAUCAAGCCCCUCUUCGCCAACAAGCCUUUGAUCGUAGUGGCCAACAAGUGUGAUGUGAAGAAGAUAAGCGAGCUCUCGGAAGAGAACCAGAAAAUCUUUGCUGACAUUGCUGCCGAGGGCAUUACUGUGAUAGAGACCAGCACAUUGACAGAAGAGGGGGUGAUGCAGGUCAAAACAGAGGCAUGUGAUAGGCUGCUCACUCAUCGUGUCGAGACAAAAAUGAGAGGAAAGAAGGUGAAUGAUGUUCUCAACAGGCUGCACCUGGCUGUGCCUGCCAAGAGGGAUGAGAAGGAACGACCUCCUUUCAUUCCAGAAGGUGCCAUGGCUCGUAGGAAGGCAAUGGAUGUCGACACUCCGAAACGUAAACUGGAGAAAGACUUGGAGAUGGAGCUGGGAGAUGAUUACAUUCUGGACCUCCGAAAAUACUGGGACCUGAUGAAUGUGGAGGAAAAGAAUGACAAGAUCCCUGAAAUAUGGCAAGGCCACAAUGUUGCAGAUUACGUUGACCCUGAAAUAAUGAAGAGACUCGAGGAGCUGGAGAAAGAGGAGGAGCUGAAGGAGAGGGCGGGGGAGUACGACUCUGAUGAGGAGAGUGAGGAUGAGGAGAUGCAAGAGAUCCGGCAGUUGGCCAAGCAGAUCCGUGAGAAGAAGCAGCUGAAAGUCUUGGCGUCCAGAGAGAAGGACAUACAGGCCCCCAGGAUGCCCAGAACAGCCAAAAAGGUGGAGAGGAAGACCCUAGAGAAGGAGAUGGGUGAUCUUGGCCUUGAUAUGAACAACAAGGACAAUAGUCACUAUGUAGCACAGGCCCGCAGAUCCAGGAGUGUUGCCAAGAAACGCAAACGGGAGGCGUCCCAGGCUCCCACAUCACGAACCCGCAGCCAGAGCGCCUCUCGCCCUCCAAGGGAUGUGUCUGGAGUCCGCGACGCAAAGAUGUUGAAGAAGGUCAAGACGAUAAUGAAGAACUCUCAGAAGGGCAUGAAUAGAAUGGGCAGGAAAGGAGAGUCUGAUAGGCAUGUUUUUGACCUCAAGCCGAAACACCUGCUGUCUGGCAAGAGGAAGUCUGGUACCCAUGACCGCAGAUAAUCUCCCAGAGAGGAAGUGAUGUUUGCUAUGGUCAGAGGAGGGUGGACCCUGUCAUGCCCAAUUGUUUUACUGAUUCUGCUCUCAUGAAAUCCAGAUUUUUAAACAUGCAAAUUACUUUUCUCUUGCCCCGUUUCCCUCUUCAGGAAGGGUAUCUCUAGUAAUGUGGUGUUUAGCAGGGAACUUGACUGCUGUCAGCGCAAGAAAAUGCAUUUUUUGUUUUCACAAGGUGUACACAAAUGAAAUGACUUUUCCUGCCAUGUAGAAAUGUGUACCCCUGCAACUCCAGUCUCUUUACUCUUCAGGCUGUGUUUGUGGGCAGGUUGUAACAAAGUAUAAGUGUGGUUUCGGAACCCAAAUAAAAUUCUUCCACAAGGCUA